UUAAUAUUUAAGCGGAUCAAAAUCACUCAGUUCUUCAGUUCUGUUUAGUCACUCUCUCUGCAGCUGAGGAGACACUGGCUACAAAAUGUGGGGAAGGCUGUACAGCUGUUUCCUGGUUUCUCUCCUGUUGAUGGUGGUCUGGGCUGCCCCCCAGAAAGACCACGAUCAUUCAGAAGACCACCAUCAACAUCUCCACCAUGGUAAGGAUGAACCUCACCCCAGCCACGAAGGAGUAGAUAAUUUAUGCCACAGACUCUCCCCCCACAACGCCGACUUCGCCUUCUCCCUCUACAAGAAGCUCUCCACCCACCCUGAAGCCAAAGGCAAGAACAUCUUCUUCUCUCCACUGAGCAUCUCCAUGGCUCUGUCCAUGCUGGCUCUGGGGGCUAAAGGUAACACCCACUCUCAGAUCUUCAGCACCCUGGGCUACAGCACCCUCACUCCUGAUCAGGUUAAUGAAGGGUACGAGCACCUGCUCCACAUGCUGGGACACAGUCAGGACGCCAUGCAGCUGGAGGCAGGAAGUGCUGUGGCUGUCCGAGAAGGCUUUAAACCCGUUGACAAGUUUCUGAAAGAUGUUCAGCAUUUCUACCAAGGAGAGGCCUUCACUGUGGACUACUCCAAACCUGAAGUCGCUGUGCAAGAAAUCAACAAGUACAUCGCCAAAAAGACCAAGGACAUGAUCACUGACAUGAUCGAGACCCUGGACCAGCAGACUGUGAUGAUGCUCAUCAACUACAUCUAUUUCAAAGGUAAAUGGGAGGAACCUUUUGAAGCACACCUCACCCGUAAAGCCGACUUCAACGUAGAUGAAAACACCAAGGUGUCUGUGGACAUGAUGAAGAGAACCGACCAAUUUGACUUCUACCGUGACCAGGAAAACUCUACCUCCAUCAUCAGGGUGCCCUACACAGGCAACACCUCCAUGAUGAUCAUCCUUCCUGAUAAAGGAAAGAUGGAAGAGCUGGAGAAACAAAUCAGCAGGGACCAUUUCAAGAACUGGCGAGAAAAACUGUCUAAGAGUUCUGUGAGUCUGAGUAUGCCCAGGUUCUCAAUCUCUGCCUUCAUCAGUCUUCACCAGACUUUGCAGGAAAUGGGAAUUACUGAUGCAUUUUCAGAAGACGCUGACUUGUCUGGACUCAGUGAGAACAGCAAACUGAAGAUUUCCAAGGUCCUCCAUAAGGCGGUGCUUAAAGUAAAUGAGGAAGGCACUGAAGCAGCUGCUGCCACCGCUGUAGAGAUCGUGUUGACAUCAUUUCAAAUCUCUGAAAUCAUGGUUCUCAACAGACCAUUCCUGGUGUUUAUUUUGGAUUCCAGCACCAGGAGCAUCCUCUUCAUGGGCAAGAUCAACAACCCCACUGAGUAAAAGCUGCUGAAUAUACAUCAAAUGUUACGUAUCAGGCAGAUGUAAAAAUGUUGCAUCCAUUAUAAGGCUGUUUCUCUUUUGUUGGCAUAUUAAAUCAAUAAAUAAACUAACUCUAAAAUGCAA